AUGGCCAAGGUCAGGAAAGGCCCCAAGGGUAAAAAGAUCACCCUCAGUGUGGCCAAGAAUUGUAUCAAGAUCACAUUUGAUGGGAAGAAACGCCUUGACUUGAGCAAGAUGGGAAUUACCACCUUUCCCAAGUGUAUUCUGCGACUCAGUGAUGUAGACGAGCUCAACCUUAGCCGGAAUAUGAUCAGGAAGAUUCCUGACUCAAUCUCCAAGUUCCAGAACCUGCGGUGGCUGGACUUGCACAGCAACUACAUUGACAAGCUCCCUGCGUCCAUCGGCCAGAUGACCUCUCUGCUUUACCUCAAUGUCAGCAACAAUAGGCUGACCACCAAUGGGCUGCCUGAGGAGCUCAAUCAGCUCAAGAAUAUCCGCACUGUGAAUUUCGGUCUGAACCACCUGGACCGCGUGCCCACCAUGCUAGGCUCUCUGAAGGAGCUCCAUGAGGUGGGGCUCCAUGACAACCUGCUGAGCACCAUCCCCAACAGCAUCUCCAAGCUCCCCAAGCUGAAAAAGCUCAACACAAAGCGAAACCCCUUUCCCAAGGCAGAGGAGUCAGGUACGUUCAUAGAUUCCAUCAAGAGGCUGGACAACCUAUAUCUGGUGGAGGAGAAGGAUCUAUGUGGGCCUUGCCUGAGAAAAUGCCAACAGGCCCAGGACAAGCUGAACAAAAUCAAAAGCAUGGCCACGACAGCACCAAGAAGGGCCAUCUUUUCCAGUUUGGUCUCACCCAACUCCAUCGCCAGGGAAUCCCAGGAAGAUUGGAGGUGA